AUGAGUUCAGAUCCAGAAAUUCUCAAAUCCGACAUGAAGACGGAACAUAUAGGCCAGGCAAUGGAAAAGCAAGCCGCUGGCUCCGACCAAGACACGAUUGCACCAGGAGAGGAGAAUCCAAGUAGUAGUACUAACAGUCCAAGUCUUUCUGGCGGAGAUAGAGAUGAGCAUGGAUCAGAUGCCAGUGUAGCUUCAUCGUUGUCCAAGAGUGGCGCUUCAAGUCCCUUGACUCAAGAAUCUCAGAAGUCAUGGUCAAGAAUACAACCUAGCAGCGAUGUCAGGAUCGAGGACAUCCAACCGCCCAACAGACACGAGCCUGCAGUGAGAGAACGCUCGCGGGAAGCUGAGAUCAACAUGCUGCAAACCUCGAAGACUAGACCUGAUAACUUGGUCGAGCCUCAUAAGCCUGAAGGUGACUCACAGUUCCGGGAUACUUCUUCCAUAUAUGCCCACAGCAGUUACAAUGGUAACAUGCAUGAGCGAACCGCUACAACAAAAAGGCUGUUGAAGGGAAUUACUAGAAAAGAUGAACCCACUGAACAAGGAGCAGAAGUUCAAGGCGAGACCUUUCCCACAAUCGACGAGCCUCACAUCAGACCGACAGCAAAGUGCGAUUACGACUGUAAGCGCUUGAAACCUCAUAUAGAAGAUAUGACACUUCGACUUGAAGGUAUAUCUGGAUCGAUUGCGAAACUCCAAAGAAUGGCCAUUGCACAGCACGAAAUCAUAAGCAGAAUGGACAACUCCAUGACAGAGAUGGUUGGGAACUCACUUAUUCAGAUUGAGGACAAGCCAGUCUCCACCCUUUCUAGCUUAACCCAAAAGGCGAAAUCCAACAGACACACGUUCAGUGGGAAUGGUUCUAGCCACCGAAAUGAGCAGGCAAGAGCUGAAGGAUCUUCGAACCGUGUUUCGUCCUCUGGAUCUGUUGACUACCAGGAAGGCAGCAGACCAUGCGCACUUUCACCACCUGCAGAGGAUCAUGUUCUCAUACCCUCUGAUGAGCGUGAUAAAAUCGAGCCAACGACCGGAGCGCCUAGAGAUAUCGUGGAAGGUAACAUUGCAAAACGGAGAGUCUGGGGACGUGAAGGCAAUCGGUUCGACAUGGAGACACCCAGUUCUUCCUCUUCGAUUGGUGAAACGAGCAUCAUAACUUGCAACUCACGAGUCCCGAUCAGUAUGAGAUCCUUGGCCAAGAACAUACAGCCCACGACUUCGCGAUUCAUAAACAUUUCCGAUCCAUUUCUAAGUCAUAAAGAAGCAGUAAGUAAUGGCUUGACGAGCCACGACGCAUCCCUCGUCCGCACAGAGAGGCGUCUCGUCCAAGCCCAAGAAGUCAGUUCAAAGCUUACGACAACAUCCUGGCCUGAGCCACACCAGUCACGGGAGAACGAUUCUUCACAGGAACGAGACAGACUGCAAAGACAAGCUCAACGAACAGAAAUCAGACUUCUAGGAAAGAAAGAUCCUGGGUGCGAUCGAAAGAGGAAGUCUGAAGCAGAUGGAGAGGGUACUGGUGAGCACCAAAAGCCCAUUGCUACCUUGUUACGCCUUGCAGAAGGGGGCAAGAGCGUGCUGGCAGGGUCAGUUGAUGCUCACCUGCUUCGCCUCUUGAUAGCGAAACGUCACUUCUCCAUGGUGGCGCUCUCGGCUGUCUUGGGUUUGAUGAGCGUCCUUCUAUCUCAGAGACAUUAA